AUGCCCGAUAUCAUACCGCCGGCGCUGUACGAUGGCAGUCUCCGUAGGGGCCUUUGCACCGCCAGAGCCCGACGCCAACAAAUAGCACUCCAGCUCAGAGAAGCGAUCAACGGGCAUCAGCAGUUCCUAACGGAAGGACGAUACGGCGUACAUCCCGAAGACCGCCUCCCAGCCAUCCUGUGGAGCUACGACUACCCUUUUCGCCACCGGUACGUCGACUCCGAUGCUGGUGACAGCUGGACGAAGCUACACAUCAUCUCGACAUGCCUGGAAAAAGUGAUCUCAACCCUGCAAGAAGCUCAGCAAAGUGUCAGGAUCUCCCUCAGCUGUUACUUGAGAGGACUGGGUGUACAGUACAAUGUAGACCGAUCUUACAUCAACAAACUGGACGAUAGAAACUGCAACGACAUCGCGCUCCUCCAUGCCGAGCUUACCUUCUUCUACUGCAAGAUCAAACAGAACGAGACCACGAUGGAGCGCGAGCAUUCCCGGGCUAUCAUGUGUUUGCUGGAGAAACUUUGUGGUAUACACAAGAAGUCCGGAGCAGGCGGUUCAUUCAGCGAGGUAGUGCGCACGCGUUGGUAUGAGUACCAUCAUUCGCUGGAGCAUCAAUCCGUGACUGCUGAGUUUGAGGCCGCAGAACGCAAGCUUCAUGAUGCGAAGCGAACUAUCCAGGGUCAACCGGACUGGUUGCUCGCUUGGCAUGGCAAGUGUCCUUUAUGUCCGAGGCGGAUUGAACGAGAAUAUUACUCCGUCCGAGUCUGCCGCAAGUGUGCGGAGAAGGGAAGAGUAAAUCGCACGGAAUGGCCUAAACAAUUGGGUACCACCUGA